AUGGAUGACACCCAACUAGGACCCCCUCCUAUAGAAACAACAGUUCUACUCCUGGGCGAUUCCGAAGUCGGCAAAUCGACCUUCCUAUCCCAACCCCCAUCCAAUCUCUCCCCUUCCGCCACCUCAAAACAAGCCCAUCUCCUCCUCGAUUCCCACCAACCAUUUACCUUCGGCAUUCGCUUCUCCAACAUCCCUUACCGCUUAAAUUUCUACGACACCUCUUCGCCUACCGACUGGAAGACAUUGAAACCUAAUGUUGUCGUACUCUGCUAUGCCGUUUCGAAUCGCCUGAGUUUGAUUAAUCUACAAAGAUUUUGGGCCAAAGAACUCCAAACCGCCUUCCAAUACGAGCUCCCCGUCCUCCUCCUCGCUCUCAAGCGCGAUCUCCGAUCCGAAAAAGAUCCAAAUGGGAUUAUCUACCCGCAAGAAGGUCAUCGCAUUGCGCAGGAAUUGAGAUGCGAUCGAUAUAUGGAAUGUUCAUCCAUGACCGGCGAGCUAGUAGCAGAAGUAUGGGAAGAUAUUAGCCGCACCGCCGUUCUAGCUGCUGGGGGAGGAAAAGCGGGUUCCAAUGGUGAUGGUGGGCUAAGCGAUGGGGGAUGUUCAAUUAUGUAA